AUGUACUUCCACCAUUAAUUUCCAGCUCGAGUUGUUUUUCUCCUAAACACUUUUAUUCUUAUCCUUCUUUCAUUUAACGCAUAAUUACCUUAUAUCCAACAAUUUCAUAAAUGCAGGAACUCUCUAAUGGACGCCAUAGGACCAGUCAUGGAUAUUGUGAAGGAUGUUGUACCUACAGUUAAGAAAUAUGUCAAGUAUCAGAUAUGUCACAACGAUUAUGUCAACAAAUUCAAAGAAAUGCAAACAAAGCUGGAGCACCGACGGCAAGACGUUGCGGCAGAACUGCGUGCUCAGCUUGUGCAGCCUAGGAAGAUUGAAAAGCAGGAAGUUAAAGCUUGGUUAGAGGUAGCUGAACAAGAAACUGCAGAAAAUGUGGUUGAAGAUCUAAUCUGCAAAGGGGGCUGUUUCACAUAUAUUUGCUCCUCAAGAAAGCUCGACAAAAGGACUCAAUCACUGAAUGAAGAAAUAUUUAAGCAAGGAGAAAAAUAUAUUAAUGCUGGUGUGAGUUUGGUCGUAGAUGAUCACUCAAUCAAAGGAGUUCCAUUGCCCGUUGAAUGCAGUGGCAGGGAUGAUAUAAAACAACAAAUUCUAGAAUGGUUGAAAGGAGACCAAGUUACAAGAAUUGCAGUUUGGGGGAUGGGUGGUGUGGGUAAGACAACAAUUAUGAAGCAAGUCCACAACCAACUGUUGAAAGAAUCCAAAUUUAGAGUUAUUUGGGUAAAAGUGUCAAAAGACUUUGACAUUGUUGUGCAGCAAAAAAAGGAGUUUGAUAUUCUCAAGUUUCAAAAAAGGAUUGCCAGUAGCUUGGAAUUAAAACUAGAGCCAGAGGGUCAUGAGAAUGAAACCAAGAUUGCAGGAUUGAUUUCACGAAGGUUGGGGCAGGGCAGCUUCGUGCUAAUUCUGGAUGAUGUGUGGCAGCACUUUUGUCUAGAAGAUGUUGGAAUUCCUAAUCUAGAUGGAAAUAAUGGUUGCAAGUUAGUACUCACAACACGGUUACAAGAUGUUGCUCGUGCAAUGGAGUGUGAGGUGAUCCCUGUGAAUCCUCUUCCACCUGAAGAAGCAUUAGCAUUAUUCUUGGAGAAAGUUGGAAGUGCAGUGUUGUUAGAUGGCAGAAUUAAAAGAGAUAUAGAGCCAUUUUUGAAGCAACUUUUGCAAAAAUGUGACGGAGUACCCCUUGCUAUAGUGACAGUGGCAAGAACUAUGAGAGGAAAAUUGGAUCCUCGUUCAUGGAAGUGGGCACUUACUAAAUUGAGCAAAUUUGAAGGAAUUAUUGAUCGUUUGAAAUUCAGUUAUGAAGGCCUAGAAUCACAAUGCCAGGAGUGUUUUCUAUACUGUGCAUUAUAUCCUGAAGAUUAUGAAAUCCCAAGGGAGGAGUUAAUUGAGUGUUGGAUUGAGGAGGGGUUUAUAUAUAAAGAAGGGGAAACUAGGGACACAAUGAAUUGUGAGGGUCAUGUUAUGCUUGAGAAGCUGGUUGAUAACUGCUUGUUGGAAUCGGUUGAAAAUAUAAACAAAGGAGAAUGUGUGAGUAUGCAUGAUCUUCUCCGAGAAAUGGCACUGGAAAUCAGUCCUCGAUUCUUGGUGAAAGCUGGAAUUGCCUUGGAAAAGCUACCAGAGGAGCAUGAAUGGAGAGAAGAUCUUUUGAAGGUUUCUUUAAUGCAGAAUCACAUAACAAAAAUUCCUUCAAGCAUGCCGUCUCCAAAGUGUCCUAUGCUCACAACCUUGCUGUUGUCUAAUAAUCCGAUUUCAACAAUUCCAGAAGCUUUUUUUGAGCAUAUGCUUAGGCUCAAGAUUCUUGAUCUUUCCAAUAAUCAGGAGCUAAGUCGGCUGCCAACUUCUAUUUCCAAAUUGGAGAAGCUUACUACAUUAUUGCUAUGGAAUUGUGAGUCCUUAAGAGAGGUACCAUCUUUAUCCAACCUUGUAGGCUUAAAAAAGUUAGACCUUUGCUGGACAUCAAUUGAAGAACUACCCCAAGGCCUCAACAUGUUAACAAAUCUAAAAUAUCUUGGUCUUGGUGGAAGAUUAUUUGAAACACUUGAUCAACCGCUACAAAAUCUCUCCAAACUUCAGCAUUUACUUGUAAUUGCCAAUCCCCAUGCCGAAACAGAAUUUAAAUGGGAGACGAUUGGAAUUUGGGGGAAGCUUCAAAACCUUGAGAAUCUGCAUCUUUGUGAAUUGUAUAACUUGAAUAUGGUGUUUGGGGAAGUAGGAGCAAUUGCUAAGUCAGCACCACUACCAGCUGGCACAUUUUCCUCUCUUCAAGAUAUUAGUGUCUAUAGAUGUCAUAAAAUAAAGAAGUUAUUCUCGGCAAAGUGGUUGGGAUAUCUCCAGAAACUACAGACUAUUGAGAUUUUUUAUUGUAAGCAACUGGUGGAGAUAAUAGGAUCUGAAUCUGAAGGAGAAAAAGUCACUCUAUCUAAGUUAAAAAAUUUGAAAUUGACCUCUUUGCACCAAUUGAAGAGCAUCUACAGUGGUUCUUUGAUUUGUGAUUCCAUCAAGAUUGAAAUUUAUAAUUGCGACAAUAUAGAGAGUUUUUUUUGGUCAGGGCUUCCAAAUCUUGAAUAUCUACACCUUGACUAUUUAAAGAAUUUGAAAUCCUUGUUUGAUGAAGAAGGUCUAGGUUUAUCGCCACUUGUACCUCCCACAAGCUUUUUCUCUCUUAAAGAAAUUAGGGUUUUUGACUGUGAUCAAUUAAAGAAGGUAUUCUCAUCUGGAUGGCUGCUCCGCUACUUCCAAUCUUUAGAGACUAUUAAGGUUGAUGAGUGUUCGCAAAUAGAGGAGCUGAUAUCGUCAUCAACACAUGAAGAAGAAAAAGUCACUCUACCCCAGUUACGAGGCUUGAAAUUGACAGGAUUGCUCCAAUUAAAAAGAGUCUAUAGCGGUUCUUUGAUUUGUGAAUCCAUCAAGAAGAUUAAAAUUUCAAAUUGCGGAAAUAUAGAGAGUGUUUUUUGGUCAGGGUUCAACCCACUUCCAAAUCUUGAAUAUCUACACCUUUCCAGUUUAGAGAAAUUGAAAUCUGUGUUUGAUGAAGAAGGACUUGGUUUAUUGCCACUUGUACCUCCCACAAGCUUUUUCUCUCUUAAAGAAAUUAGCGUUUAUAGGUGUGAUCAAUUAAAGAAGGUAUUCUCAUCUGGAUGGCUGCUCCGCUACUUCCAAUCUCUACAGACUAUUGAGGUUCAAUACUGUUCGCAAAUGGAGGAGCUGAUAUCGUCAUCGGCACAUGAAGAAGACAAAGUCACUCUACCCAAGUUACAAAGCUUGAAAUUGACAAGAUUGCCCCAGUUGAAGAGCAUCUACAGUAGCUCCCAUGUGUUGAUUUGUGAUUCAAUCCAGAGUCUGACGAUUUCCAAGUGUGAAAAGCUAAAGAGGAUUCCUUUGAAUUUUCCCUUGCUUGAUAAUGCCCAAUCAUCUCAUCCUCCUUCGCUCAAAGAAAUUGUGGUAUUCCCAAAAGAAUGGUGGGAAUCAUUGGAAUGGGACCAUCCCAAUGCAAAAGACAUCCUUUUACCCUUGUGUAAAUUUCAGGAGAUUGAUAGGUUUUAAGAGAUUAAAUGGUGGUAGGGCGCACCCCGCAAAUGUAAGCCUUUUAAUCUUUAUUUUCCAUUUCUGAUUCAACUUAGUAGCAGUUUUCAUCUUUAUGCUUCCUUUUUCCAUUCUUCCUAUCUUAAUAAAUCUCUCUCUCUCUCUCAUUUGCAGCAAAAUUGGAAGGAAAUCACUGUUGCAUUUGUCGUUGUUGCUGUUGGGUUUUCAAUUUAAUAUAAACUUACUAUUCUU